AUGGAGGCGGUUGCUGAGCGUUACUUCAAUAUUGGUGAUAUGAAGUCAGCAGCGACUUUUUAUGGCAACCUAAUGAUGCUACAUCCACGGUAUGUGAAGAUGGCUCGUAUAUGUAGAGUUCUUGCAGAUCCCUCAGCGGUGCCGCUACCGCACCGCUAUGCAGAUGUAGUAGAAGCCCUUUUAGAGCCUUCCAUCACGCCGGAAGCCCUCUUUGGUGCGGAUACAACUCCUGCAGAUGUUAACAAGGCAUAUCAACGUUGGACACUAUUAGUCCAUCCUGACAAAAAUCCCUACCCAAGGGCUGGUGAUGCAUUCAAUCGACUCGUCUCUUUAAGGACUAAUGCAUUGGAGUUAGUUAGUGCACGAAAAAAGCGGCCGAACUCUGAACCUAUUGGGAGAGAAGAUCAUGACAGAAGAGGAAAUCGUCAGCAUAAAAAGGGCGGUUCUCCCGCUGCACCAGGUCGAUCAAGUGAAAACAACACGUCUUCCUUAAGAGCUGCUGAGAUCGACAUGACUAUCUCCGAAUUAAAAAAGGUUCAGGUGACUCUCAAGUCAUUGAAGCGCAAAAACAUUGACGAUAGUGAGCUCCCAGAACUGAGUGUUUCCCUCCGGGGCGUGCGGGAACGUCGAUUCCUCACACAUCCCACAAGUCCACUCGCCUCCACCGCCCCAGACGUCCCCACGUGGGACCUCGCCUCCGACGCACGUACCUCUCCAUACCCCACCACUACUAAUACUACUGCCAAUACUGCAACUACUACUAGUACUACUGCACCAACAACAACUACUACUAGUAGUAGUAGCACUACUACCGCCACUCAUAGUAACAACCGCGUGGUACCGUCACCGCCACCGUCACCGCCGAAUGUGAGCGGCGAAGAGGCGCCAUCGCGUGUGUCAACUGCGAAGCCUUCGCGCCAACCUCCUCCACAAACAGGAACUGUUCGUGGGGAGCAAAAUACAGACAAGGUGUCUGAAAGGGUGCAGUCACAGCAAAAAGUUGAUGUAAAGAAAAAGGCAGGUUCAGCAGGGAAGGAGGGACAAACAAUAAAAAAUGACGCCAAGCAGCCGCAAGAGGUCACCAUAGAUAAAAAUCGUUCGACUCGUAAGACGGCUACAGACGAGGGCACAAAGGUGGCAACAACAGAUGCGCAGAGUAGAAAGAGCGAUACCAGACAUUCGCAAGAGACUAUAGUGGAAAAGAAUCGCUCUCAUCGCAAGACAGAUGGGAGCGAAAACAAAAAAAUAAUAAGUAAAGAUGUGCAGAGCACAAAACGUGAACCGAAAGAUUCGCAAGAAACUAUAGUGGAAAAGAAUCGCUCUCGUCGCAGAUCAGGUGCAGGUGAGAAUACAAAGAAUCAAGCCAAAGAGACUCAAGAUGUAGUAGGAGAGAAAAAUCGCUCGCGUCGCAAGACAGAUGUAAGCGAGAACGCAAAAGUAACCGCUACAAAUGCGCAAAUCACAAAAGAUGAACCCCAAGAACCGCAAGAGGAAAUUACCGAAGAUGAUCACUCGUGUCGCAAGACCGAUGCUAAUGAGAAGAGAAAUUUGUCAUCAAUGGAUGACCAGUGCGUAGAUAAUGAUGUCCAACAGUUGCAAUUGGAUGUUCCUCUCUCACAAACUGUAUCCACAGUUUCAGACGAGGUUUCAUUUGUCGAUGUGGCGAGAGAAAGUAUUAAUGGAUUGAUCCGAGACCUUGAGGAGAUCAAGUUAAAUCGGGUUCCUUUGAGGUUAAACUGUGACCUUUCAUUUGCUGCAUAUGAGCGGGAAAAGUUACAACGGGAAGCAUCUUGUAGCGAGAAAAAGUCAUCGCUGUGA